AUGGUGGCGCACGGGCAGCCAGCUGGAGGCCGCUCCUGGGCCAGCGUCGCGGGGGGCGGCAAGGCCAUAGGCAGCUGGAGCUACUGGGUCUGCUCCAGCGGGCAGUGCAGGGAGUGGAACUGGUGCCCGCACUGGAAGUGCCGCAGCUGCGGCCGAGUGGCCCCGCCAUGGGUCAAGGCUGCUCAGCCGCCCGCGGCAGCCGCUGGCCAGGGGCAGGCCGUCGCCGACGCCGAGGGCUUCGUCGUCCAACCCCGUGGGAGGAAAGCGAGGCGCCAGGCCAAGCGCACUGCUACCCGCGCGGCCAGCGCGGGGGCCGCCAGUCUGGCAGGCGUCAGCGAGGCUAGCAGUGCGCAGCCGUCGGCCGUCGAGCGGCACCACCAGGAGGUCAAGCGCAUCGAGGACUUCCUCGCGGCCCCUGGCGAGUCCAUCGACGAGGCAUGCCUGCGGUCGCUGCGCUCGGCCCUCGACCGCGAGCGUCGCAGGCUCUCGGCAGCAGAGGCGGCGCAGGCGGAGCGCAGAAAGGCCGACACCCCCCUGCCCAAGGCGCUCCACGGCGCCGGCAACGCCCUGGCGAAGCUGGUCAGGCAGGGACGGGCCAAGGAGCAGGCGCUGCUCAAGGCCGAGGAGGCCCACGCAGCAGCCAUCGGCGAACGUGAGGCAGCCAUCGCGCGAGAAGCAGCAUGCGCUGAGGCUGUUGAGGAGUGCCGAGCUGCUCUCGAGGCUCACCGUGAGGAGCAGAGGGCCGCAGAGGCCAGGCAAGCCAAGGAGGUCGGCGCGGCCUUCGUCGGCACGGACUUGCUCGGGAUGGUCUUCGGCCUCAUCCAGCAGGUCGAGGCCUUGCCCCAGGGGUUCGCCGCGGGCAACGGGGAGGCCGCCUUCGCGGAGGUCGCCAAGCAGAUCGCGGCGGUCCGCAGGGCGCUGCCGAGCGCGGCCAAGCUGCACGGCGAGGCCGCUGACGAGCGGGCGGCCGAGUCCCUCGACGGGCGUAGCCCAGCCAAGGUGCCAAGUGACCAGCGGACGAGGUUGACGGCGCAGGAGGCCUGCAUUGGCGAGGCUCGCCUCGGGCCGCAGCCCGCCCCCGAGCCGGGCCCUCGAGAUUAUGAUGGCCGUGGCUGCGUAAGAGCGGACUGGGUCCACAACUGCUUCGCGGGCUUUGCGCAGGCCGCCCCGCCCGUCGAGGAGGCCAGCCUGUUCCUAGGCAUCCGCAAGUUAUUUGGGCACGUGCGCCCCGACGUCCUUUGUUCGUCCGCCCUGCGCUUCGGCUUCAACCUGAAGCUGCUGCGCGGCCUCCUCGCCAUCUUCCUGCCCCCGAGGCUGCCGGUCGACCAGCACGUGGGGGCCAGUGGGGAAAUGUUGCGACACCUUCGGGAUCACCACCCCCCGCUCAAUGAGGGCAAGUCAGUGUUCCUGGCCUCGUCGGCACAGGUGGCGGACGGCCUUGCCGCCAGCUGGGCAGCCCCUGGUUUCGAGGUCAAGCGUGGGCCGCAGGCCCGCAAAAUGGGCACCGACGCCUACGUGACCCGCAGGGGAGUCCAAGAGGGAGGCGGCCGCGCUGUGGGAGGCCGCUCCCGCGCCAGGCGGCUGAGAACCCUGGGCUCGGCGGGGGCCUCGGUGGUGCCCUCGCGCCGCGCUGACCCAACCGCCGCCAUGUUUCGGUUGCGGGCUGGUUGGCGCCUCUCGGCUGGGCGCAUCAUGCACACCGACGACGGCCGCGCCUUGGACAUGCUGAUCUUGGGCCCCCGCGAGCUCGGACUGCUGGCUGCGGCAGGGGCUCGCAGGGCCUCCGACAGGGCUGAGAUGACGCGGCUUCGGCACGGCGCCGCCCCCGCCAUGCCAUUUUUUUCGGGGGCGCUCUCGGCCAGGGCAGGCUGGAGUAUCGUGCAGUGCGACGAGUUCGGCAACCCGCAAGCGGCGGUGCACGGCACUGUCCACCUAGGCCUGUGCCCUUUCCAGACGGCCAAGGACGGUGAGCACUUCGCGGUUUGGCUGUUGAGCCGCUACCCCGGGCCUUCGUUCAACGGGAUCAAUUGUGCCUGUGGGUCCACAGUCAGCUGCUUGAAGCUCGGCAGGAGGUAUGCGACGGCGGCCAACAAGCCCAGCGCUCACCUGUGGUCGGUCGUCUACGCCUCGCUAGACGCCGACUCGCUCUUUGUGAACAAGGUUGAGGCCCACUGCGCCGAGAUCGUUUUUCGUGAGGGCAGGAUCUCGGAGGGUCAGAGGCUUGGGAGCGCCUACGCCGACAGGCUGGCGAAGGCGGGAGCGGCCCUCCACAGGGCCAGCGGGGCGGCCAGGCGCGAGUUCUUCGGCGCGAAGGAGGUCGUGCGCGGGCUCUCCAGGGGGUUAGCGCAGGUUUCGUUCGUCUGGCAGGGCAGGGGCUCCAAGGGCUGCGAGAGCCCCCCCGUGUGCGACGAGCGAAGGACGGCUGUCACCUUCGCGGUCCCGCUGGAGGCCCGCGGGGAGCUGGCAGGCAGCCGCCCCGCCGCCGCUGGCGCCUGGGCCUCGGCUGCGCGCGACGGCGGAGUCGCGCUGGGCGCCCUGGUCUUCGCCGUCGCUGGCCGCGCCCUCGCGUUCGCCAGGCGCGGUGAGGACGGCGACGGGCAGGAGAUCAUCGCGUGCACCAGGUGCGGAGCAUAUGCGAGGCUAGGUCGCUGCGUGACCAGAAGUCGCGGUGGGAGCGCGGCCUACACCCUGGAGGGGGCUGAGGUGCCGCAGGACGCGAGAGGGCGCUUCCUGACGUGGCUUGGUGUUCAGCCUAUCGCACCAGCAGGCGUCGCGAGCAGCGCCUCGGCGGUCGACGCUGCUGGGAGCGGCGCAGGCUCCGUGGCGGGGGAGGGCUCGCGGAAGGCUUGGCUGGAUGCUUACAGCCUCGACGAGGAGAGCCUGCCGAGCUGGUCCGAGGAGGAGCUGCUCGCCGCCGACCCCUCCGCCCUGGCGCGCGGGCGGCAGCUGCGCCUCCGGGGCACGGUGCUCAGCCGCCGCGUGCUGGCCCGCAGCCUCGCGUUCUGCACCCUCGGCCGGCUCGAGGCCCACGCGGAGCCCGGGUGCUCCUGGACCGAGGGGCCGCCGCCCAGGCAGAGCCUCCUGGCGCGCGGCUGGGUGCCGCCGGAGCCAGGCGCGGACGGCGGCGCCGUCGAGGGGCAGGAGGGCGCCCCUGCCUCCGCGUGCGCCACGCUGGCCGUGUGCUUCGCGGCUGCCCUGGUGGACACCAGCGGGGAGCACGCCGCCGAGGAGGAGGAGGGCCCAGAGCACCGGCCAGAGCCUCACACGGAGGGCGCCAGCGAGGGGACCAGCUCAGGGCCCGUGGGCGCCCUUCCCAGGGCGCAGGGGCGACCUGCCCGUGGGGACCAGGGUGGAGGUGUCCUUGCUGGUGGCCCCGGAGUACCGCAGGAGCGAACCGCUGGUGCGACGCUGGCGCCUCCUGGCGGCCGCGCCGGUGGGCGCCGCCGCUGCUACGGCGCCCUCUGGCGCGCAGCCGCCGCCCGGCCCGCCGCUGGGCUUCAGCACAUGGCCGAGCAUCACGCGCGGCGCGACGCGGUAAACCGCGCGGCGCGGGCGGAGCUGCGGGCGGGCCGCCGCGGGCCGGCGCUGUGCAAGUUCUGGACGGCGGGCGCAUCGGGCAGCAGGGGCGACGCCUCGUCUCGAUGGUCCUCAGGACGCGAGCAUGUCUGGGCACGUUCUGAGGAUCAUCGAUCGUCUCAGACGGCAGUGGCUGCUGGCUGCCAGGAGGGCGACGCGUGUUGCUUCAGGCACCACUUCCUCGACUCCGCGGAGGCUGCGCAGGCCCAGCGGCGACAAGCUGCCCGGGCCGAGUCGCAGGCGGCAGCCGCCGCGGAGCUGGGCGCCUACGAGGGAGAGGGGGACCUGCCGCACGCUGGCGUGAAGGUGGACAAACGGCGCCGGGCGUGGAGCUUCGCCAGCUGGUUGCUGAGGCAGUACGGCAAGGAUGCCCUCUGCCAGGGCGGGGGGGUGCUCGAUGUGGCGGGCGGCCAGGGCGACCUCUCCUGGGUGCUCAGCGUGGAGAGCGGCGUGCCGUGCACGCUGGUGGACCCUGGCUUGCGCCGCGGCGGGGCGCUGAAGUCCUGGCAGCGCCGCGCGCUGCGGAAGAGCGGCGGGGACGGCUUUGCGCACGUCCCUGUGGAGUUCGGCGCGCAGAACUUCGGCCCCUCUCGGGGGGUGCUAAAGCGCAGCCCUCCGACGAGCGCCCGCCGUACGCGCCGCUCCUGUGUGAGGCCUCGCUGGUGGUCGGCUUGCACCCCGACGAGGCCACCGAGGCCAUCGUGGACCUGUCCUUGGCCAGCUUGCGGCGGUUUGCAGUAG